AUGUCGGCGGACAGUGACCAGCGUUCCGGGAGACCGUCAACGAGUCGAAAUGCUGAUGUCAUUGACAAAGUGCGGACAUUGAUCAUGGAGGACCGUCAUUUGACCAUCCCGGAAAUUGCUGAUGAGCAGCUACUCCGCCUUGAGGUCGCGCAGGACAUGCUGGAGUGCACCAACAGAGAUCCUGAGUUCCUGAAGACUGUGAUCACUGGUGACGAGACGUGGGUGUACGGAUAUGACCCGGAAACCAAGGGUUUCCUGGCCAAGAACGGCAUUCUGCAGGUUCGCCAGGCUCCCUACUCUCCUGACAUGACUCCUUGUGUUUUCUGGCUGUUCUCGAGAAUGAAGACACCACCAGAAGGCUCCCGUUUUGACAGCCGCGAGGGUAUCAUACAGAACGCGACGGCGCAGCUGCACACCAUUCUAAAACAAGCCUUCCAGAAUUGCUUCCAGCGAUGGAAGGACCGCUGGGCUAAGUAUGUGGAGUCACAAGGGGCCUACUUUGAAGGGGAUUAG